AUGCAUACUUCAUCCAAUACGAUGAGUACCAGCACCUUCGUUUCUGUGGCUUCGGCCAUCUCCGGUCUUGCUGUUCUCGGAUGCCUCUUCACUGUUGCGAUGAUCUUCAACGACAUCAACUCAUUCUAUGAUGAAAAGAUUGAGGAGCUCAAUGAGUUCAAGGGACUCGAACAAAACGCAUGGAGAUCAAUGAUUCCAUCCACUCGUCCUGUCAACGCCGAAUCACUUCUUCUUGGGCGUAAUAAGAGACAAGCCCAAUGCAACUGUGGAGCUCAAUCUCAAGGAUGCCCAGCUGGACCACCAGGACCACCAGGAUACCCAGGAGCCCAAGGAGAGCCAGGACUUCCAGGAAUCGCUGGACAACCAGGAUCUGGAGCUCGAGUCAACCCACAAACCGGCCGUGACAGUUUCUGCAUCACUUGCCCAGCCGGACCACCAGGACCUGCCGGAACUCCAGGAGCUCCAGGAGCCCCAGGAAACGCUGGAGCCCCAGGACAAGAUUCCUUUGGAGGAGGACCAGGACCAGCUGGACCAACAGGACCUACCGGAGACGCCGGAGCACCAGGACAGCCAGGGCAUCCCGGAUCCCCUGGAAACCCAGGACGUGGAGGGCAACGCAGCCGUGGACUUCCAGGACCAUCAGGAAGACCGGGACCACAAGGACCGGCUGGAGGACCAGGACAGCCAGGACAAUCUGGUGGAUCAGGCACCCCCGGACAACCCGGAGCACCUGGAGCACCAGGGCAUCCGGGACAAGCAGGAACUCCAGGAACUCCAGGAGCACCAGGAAAUUCUGGAGCCCCAGGAGGAGAUGCCGCUUAUUGCCCAUGCCCAGCUCGUUCUGCUGCAAUGGCCGCUCGCAAGCGCGUCUUCAAGGUUGCUCGUUCCCGUGCCGCAGUUGCCAAGCGUCGUGUCGUCAAACGUGUCCGUGUUCAGAAAGCCUAAAUUUCUGGAAUUACCUAAUGAAAAAAAUAAUAAAUCAUUCAACAUU